AGGUACUAUCAUUCAGCGAGAGCGGCAGGGCACUCCAUCCCAGCAUCGGAGCAUUCAACCAUCACAUCUUGGGGAGUAGAGUGUGAAGUGGACGCGAUGAGAAAUAUGUUGCUGCAAUAUCCACAUGGCUUGGUGGCUUGCGUUAGUGAUUCCUUUGAUGUUUUCAAAGCAUGCCGCGACUAUUGGGGCGAUGAAUUGAAAAGUUUAAUCAAAGGGCGAAUCUCUGGCGACACUUGGGGUCGACUUGUAGUGCGUCCAGACAGUGGAGAUCCAACUGAGACCUGCGUGCAGAUUGUGACGAUCUUGUGUGAGCAAUUCAAGGAGGAUGUCGUGACAACAAAGACAGGACACAAGCUCUUGCCAGCAUACAUCCGCGUCAUUCAAGGGGAUGGUGUGGACUAUGAGUCAAUCCCGAAGAUCCUUGGAGCGUUGAAGGAUGCAGGCUUCGCAGCAGACAACAUGGUUUUUGGCAGUGGCGGGGCGCUGCUACAGAAGUUGAACCGUGACACCUUCAAAUGUGCCUUCAAAUGUUCAGAGAUCACGGUCAAUGGGCAAACCCGGGAAGUCUUCAAGGACCCCAUCACCGACAAGGGAAAAGCAUCAAAAAGAGGCCGGCUCACGGUGCAAUUGGCAGCGGAUACCAGUGGCAGUGAUGAGGACCGUUACAAGCCCCGGCAAGAUGAGAACGGUGUUCCGGGAGGUGAAGGUUUUUUGCAUUACAGCGCUGAUGGCAACUAUGUCACUGUAGCGAGCGGGCGUGGUGACCCUACAAAGGACCUCUUGGUGGAAGUGUUUCGCGAUGGCAUCUUGUUAAAAGAUUGGACGCUGGAGGAGGUGAGAAAGAAAGCUGAUAUUCCCAACGGGCCAUUCAGCGGCCGGUCAAGCGAGUUGCACCAUUGAAACCUUGACAACGCACUCAUCAACACUGUGUUGAAGGACUUGAACGAGCGGACACCACCCUUGGAGGCAAUCAACGCCCUUUGUGGCAUGGUCUCACCUUUUCACUGUCUCACCCUUUCCAAUACAGCACAA